UGAGUCGGGAGAGUGCGCACAGAGAAUCCGCGCAGUACAGUACAUAGGAAAUGACUCAUAGGACUUGAACUGUUAGCGUGGGUGUGUGCGCUAUUAAAACAAGGCGCAGACUCCUCCGUGUGACUCACUCUGAUGCUCGCUUUUCCAUGCUGAAACCCCAGCACGGAUUGUUAAUCAGAUGAACUUUCGGGAAUUGUGUAGCGGACAUCGAGCAGCUUUUUCCCCGCAGACAUCAUGGCCUCAAACGCUCUGUGCGCACUGUGCGGACUUAUUAUAGCGGCUGUGACCAACUUCCAUGGUGUGAACGCACAAAAAAGUCUGUGUGGCAAUUCAGAGUUUUGGAAUUCCGAUUUGGAUGUUUGUGUACCGUGUGCAUCAUGCAAGCAAUACCCAAAAACCCCAUCAUGCAACACAUGUAAAUCUGUUGAUGAGACACCUGAUGUGUGGAAACUGGCUGCCAUCACCAGUUUCUCAGUGUUGGCUGUCGUGUUGGUCGGGGCUGCGUUAAUUAUUGGAGUCAUGGUUCAUCGACGCAAAUCGCACAAACGGCCUCUACGUGAACCCAUUGAGGAAACUGCGGGGCCACUUUAUCAAGCGUAACAUUACACCUCAUCUUCCUCUGGAAACAGAUGUGACGGCACCACAGAGCGACUGGUCCAGAGCUGGAUGGAGGAACCUCUGCACCACGAACUACAUACUCUGACAGCAGGGUAUCUCUCUUAACAUGAAUUGGACCAUUUUUAAUUUAUUACACUGUUCGGUGAAGAGAUGUGUACAGUUCUCAUGCUCGGCGUAGGUCCAGAGGACUUACUAAAAGCAACUCACACCUCGGAAUACUAGGAAUAGUAACAUUAUACUAGUGGUAUCAAUUUCAUCUUUGUGUGCCUUUAUAUUCCACUUAAUUGAGGUUUUAAUCCUGAAGACCUUUGUUGGUUUGCAGGUUUUCAUAUUUAGAUAAAACUGUAAUGAAAUGGAUGUUUUCCGAACCCGUACUGUGCUGUUUCUUUCUCCCCAGCAUGACUCUGAUGAAUGUAACACAGUUAGAGUUCGAUGGAGUUGAUCUGCUGGUGUCUUACCACAACAAACAGCCUCUUACAGAUGAAUCACAUGUGAGCUAGACGAUACUGUCGGGCACAUUAAGGCCAUAUGAAUGUAGCUACUUGUAGGUGAAAUGUAUCUAGCCUUUGUCCCUGCCAGUACCUCCAUGUAUCUGUUCUUUUAGGAGUCUGAUACAGCAAUUGUUAUGAGAUUAAGGGAGCAAUCUGUGUUUGUGCACUGUUACUGGGUCUCCUGAGACCAAAACAGACCCUUUAUUACAAGUAAUUUUACAAUACUGUGUCAUAAGUUUAAUUUUUUAGGAGAUUUUAGCUGAAUUUUCAAUAUCGCAGCCUCCGAAUUCAUGAGUUAUUGUCCCAGUGGUAAAUAACUCGGACAGGAUGUUUGAAACACUAGACGUAAAAUCCAAAACUGCUAACAUGUGGGAAUGUUUCAAGGAAAGUAUUGUAGUGAUGAAAACUGCACCUAGUUUUUUUUUUAGGUGGAGCUACAGAAUUUAUAAUACUUUUCAAACUCUGACCUGUCCAAUCAUUUCAGAUCUACAACAAUGAAAAAAAAAGAAGAUGGAUGUCUGUUUUUAAUUUUCUGGCCACUGAAAGCAGUGAGAAAACAAGUGGGCUGUUGUUUCCCACUUUUUUUUUUCUUCUUACUUCAAGCUUUUUUUUUUUUUAACCAAACUGUCGUGCAGUACACGGUUACAUCGAGUUCUUGAAAUAUUUUGUCUGACUGACAAUGUUACAGGUCAUAUUUUGGAUCUGUCUGCUUGUGGGUAAGCUGCUUGCCCUCUGGUAGCAAAAAAUAAAACACAUACUUGCGUUUUUUUUUUUUUAUGUUUUUUUUUCAAAGAUUUUUAUAUUAUUUAUUUUAACACAUCUUGCAGUGUUGUGUGUUGCAUCCGCUGUGAGGUACAAGCACAUUUCUAAAGGGACUCCAGUGAAGAUUCUUGUUAGACUUCUGUCAGGCCAGACAACGACGUUACUGAGCAAUAAACUAACAUUUUCUGCCUAAUUUCCUUGCUUUGUAUAGAUAAUUGUAAAUACUGUACAUGCACUGGCUUCUUUUAGGUAAUGCGUCUUUAUAAACUGCUUUGUGUACCAAAUGUAUUUUCACAAUAAAACUGAUAAUUUCAAAUAACA